AUGUCUUUAGGUACUUUGUUUUCGGACGCUAAAAUUAGAGGUCUUGUUCCAAGGGCCCUAGUUAAAUUUUUAAAAUUAGAUAUAAAAAUUGUUGAUCCAGCUACUGUUAGUGCCCAAUUUGCUCAACAAUUUCCUUUGAAGAAACUUCCAGCUUUCGUUGAUAACACGGGUGUAAGAUUGUCUGAACAAUUAGCAGUUGACUUUUAUUUAAUUAAUUUAGCUGACAAUCAAGAAAUAAAAACUCAAUUAUUAGGUAAUCCAGAUGAUUUUAGAACUCAAUCUCAAAUCUUAAGAUGGGCUUCUUUAGGUAACAGUGAUUUGUUAUCAAUUAUGUUAUCUGCUUUUGGUCCUUUAAGAGGUGAUGUCCCAUACAACAAGAAAGCUGUCGAUGAAGCGUUAGUUAAAGUUGAGGUUGUUAUUUCAAUCUUUGAAGAGAGGUUGAAAACACACACUUAUUUAGCUAAUGAAGAUAUCACAUUAGCUGAUUUGAUAUGUUGUGCAUCAUUCGUUAGAGGUUUCAAUUAUUUAUUCGGUAAAGAAUGGAGAGCUGCUCAUCCUUCAAUUGUUAGAUGGUUUAAUACGGUUAGAAAUUCUCCAAUCAUUAAAUCGGAAUUCACUGAAUUCAAAUUCAUUGACAAACAAAUCGAUCCACCAAAGAAGGAAAAGAAAGAGAAAAAGAAAAACCUAGACUGCUGCUGCUGCUGCCAAAAAGAUGCUGAACCAGCUGAGAAUGCUGAACCAGCCCCAGAAAAAAAAGCAAAACAUCCAUUAGAAGCGUUAGGUAAAGCUACUUUUGUCUUAGAUGAAUGGAAGAGAAAAUACUCUAACGAGGACACUAGACUAGUUGCUUUACCAUGGUUCUGGGAACACUACAACCCAGAAGAAUACUCUCUAUGGAAAGUUGAAUACAAAUAUAAUGAUGAAUUAACUCAAACUUUCAUGUCCAACAACCUAGUUGGUGGUUUCUUCAACAGAUUAUCUGGUUCCAUUAAGUACAUGUUCGGUUCUUUAGUCGUCUACGGUGUCACUAAUGACAAUGGUAUUGUUGGUGCGGUUUUAGUCAGAGGUCAAGAAUUUGCUCCAGCUUUUGAAGUCGCUCCAGAUUGGGAAUCUUACUCUUACGUUAAGUUAGAUGCCUCUAAGGAAGAAGACAAGGCUUUUGUUAACAACAUGUGGGCUUGGGAUGAACCUGUUAUCGUCAACGGUGUCGCAAGGGAAAUUGCUGACGGUAAAGUCUUAAAAUAG